AUGGACGGCGAUGAGGUUGAAAGAGUACGCGGGAGUAUAAAUGAGUUGAGCAUCAAAGAACAGGCUGAUCAAGCUGAAGCUAGCCCACAAAUCACCUGUUUUUCUCAAGCUUCUGGUGAAGAUACCUUCCACUUUCAGAUUAUUCGUCUUCACAAUCAGAUUUAUGCCUGGGUUGGUUGCAACUCAGCCAAGUUUGGACAUUUGUAUGCGGCUGUACCCACACGGCCUAGCCAUACAGUUGGUGUGACUUCUCUCAUAGGAGGAGCUUCUGAUAACACGGGAUCUGGUAUUGCUCGCCGAUUAGUUCUAAAGACUGGUCUUAACAUCGUACUUGCUUGUAACAUACCAAAGAAUAACCCCAUGCUUGAGGCAAACGCUGAGAAAAUGCUGAUGCAGAAGCUAAUUAGUCUGGGGUACACCAAGUCGAGAAGCUGA